UUUUUUAUUGCAAAAUAAUUUAAAAGGAAUACAAAAUUCUGCAGAGAGAGAUAGGGGAAGAAAAGGGAGAGGGAGGAGAGAGAAGGCACCACCACCCUUUGGCCCCUAGAGAGACCAAAGAUGAUCGAAGAGAGAAUACUCUAGAUCAUCAUCAUCAUCAUCCUGCAAAAACAAGAAUUCGAUUUUUUAUUUUAUUAAAAGAUUGGAUUUGUUUAUAUAAUUGUUAUCGAUUUUUCUGGAAAUAUUUUGAUUUCUUAAAUCCCCUACACCAACAUUUUUCUUGCCCUACCUGCUCCAUGCUUUCUUCUUUUCCAGAAACAUAACAAAAUCGCAUUAUAAGCAAUUCCUUUUUACAGUAUUAAGAAACAACGAGAGAUAGAUCCAAGAUAUGUAUACUGCGAUCAAAAGGGUUUUGUGACAUUAAUUUUCAAAACCUGGAAAAUGAUCAAGGACCCUGAUAUUCGAGAUAUUUUUGGAUUUUGAUUUGUAAAUUAGGAAAAAAAUUAGUAUAGUGUUGUUUGUAAAAAAAAAAACUUAAAAUGGGUUGUGGAUUCCACUACUCUUACGUCUUCUUCUUGAUCAUUACCCUUCAAGCUCCUCUCUCGUUUUCUGUCAACCCCCAAGGAUACGCAUUGUUGAAGUUCCGGGAAAGAGUGAACUCGGAUCCUCAUGGAACUCUUGCAAACUGGAAUGUUAGUAGUGAUCUCUGUUCUUGGUCAGGGGUAACUUGCGUUGACGGCAACGUGCAGAUUCUGGAUCUUAGCGGAUGUUCUUUGGGAGGAACGUUAGCUCCUGAGCUUAACCAACUAAUUGAACUAAGAUCUCUAAAACUCUCCAAGAACCAUUUCUCUGGAGAGAUUCCAAAGGAGUAUGAGAGUUUCUCAAAACUUGAAUUUUUGGAUUUGAGAGACAAUGAUUUAACCGGAACAAUUCCACCCGAGCUAACCAAUGUCUUAUCGCUAAAACACUUGUUGCUUUCUGGUAACAAAUUUCAAAGUAAUAUGAGUAUAAAGAUCCUGAGAAUGAAACUGCUGCACUCUCCUUUUGCUGUUCUUGGCUGUGCAAAUAGAAAACUUGGACACUGUAUUUCAAGAAACCAUAUCAUUCGAGUUAAAAAGAUUGAAGCAUUUGUAUUCCGUAUCAAAGCAACUUCAAGACGUUUCUUGAAAGCAUUCCCAAGUAAGUUCGAUUUCAAAAGACGUGAGUUACUCGAGGAGACAAGUAACUUGGCGGCUGAGCCUGCUCCUCAAGCUCCUAGUCCUUCUCCAGAGACUAUAACUGAAGCCUCUCCUCGAAGCAGCGGGUCUUUCCCAGCAGUGACCAACGCAAAGAAGAGAAUACCACCUUUAGUCCCUCCUCCACCUUCUCCCGAUGAGAACACUAGUUCUGAUUCCUCCAAGAAUCAUCCACAACCACAAGAUAAUAAACAGUCAAAAGGAUCAAAACAUGUAUGGCUCUAUGUGGUUAUCGCGGUUGCUUCUUUCCUCGGUUUACUGAUUAUAGUAGCUGUUAUAUUCUUGUGCCGUAAAAGAGCUGUAAAGAGCAUAGGUCCUUGGAAAACUGGUCUUAGUGGACAACUACAGAAAGCUUUUGUCACCGGGGUACCAAAGCUGAAUAGGGCUGAGCUAGAAACAGCGUGUGAGGAUUUCAGCAACAUCAUCGAGACGUUUGAUGGUUACACUGUGUAUAAAGGAACUUUGUCGAGUGGUGUUGAGAUAGCUGUGGCUUCUACCGCGGUUUGUGAAUCUAAAGAAUGGACUAGAGCCAUGGAAAUGGCUUACCGUAGAAAGAUUGAUGCACUUUCUCGGAUCAACCAUAAGAACUUUGUGAAUCUGAUUGGAUACUGUGAAGAAGAUGAGCCUUUUAACAGGAUGAUGGUUUUCGAAUAUGCUCCAAAUGGAACCCUUUUCGAACAUUUGCAUGAUAAGGAGAUGGAGCAUCUUGAUUGGAGCGCAAGAAUGAGAAUAAUAAUGGGAACUGCCUAUUGUCUACAACAUAUGCACGAGAUGAACCCUCCCAUGGCACAUUCUGACUUCAACUCGUCUGAAAUAUACCUAACCGAUGACUACGCAGCCAAGGUCUCGGAGAUUCCUUUCAACUUAGAGGCGAGAUUAAACCCGAAGAAACACGUGAGUGGUGACUUAGAGCAAGCCUCAUUGCUACUACCUCCAGAACCGGAGACUAACGUCCACAGCUUUGGACUCUUAAUGCUCGAAAUAAUCUCCGGAAAGCUCUCAUUUUCAGACGAAUAUGGAUCUAUCGAACAAUGGGCAUCAAAACAUCUGGAAAAUGACGGUUUAGGAGAGAUGAUAGACCCAUCGUUAAAGACAUUCAAAGAAGAAGAGCUUGAAGUGAUAUGUGAUGUGAUACGAGAAUGUCUGAAACCAGACCAGAGACAUCGACCUUCAAUGAAAGAUGUAGCGGAACAGCUAAAACAAGUUAUUAACAUAACUCCUGAAAAAGCUACUCCAAGAUCAUCUCCUCUUUGGUGGGCAGAACUCGAGAUCUUGUCCUCUGAAGCAACUUGACCCUCAAUGAAAUGCUCUUUCUCUUAUACGUUGUACCAAAAAAUUUCUUUUUUUCUUCUGGUUUCUUGUAUCAGUUUUCUUAUACGAGCUUUUGGUUCUUGAUUCUUCACAUUGAGUUUGUUUUGGAUUAGUGUUUGCUUCUUGAUGGAUUUGAUAUAAACGAGUUUCGAUAUGUGUUUGUAUAACGAGGCACGGUAGUAUAGGCAGAUAUCGUAUUCACGUGUCUAUUUGUGAUGAAAUAAUUGUGACUAAUUUUUAUUUCCUAUUGGUUUGCUUGUAUGAUACUCUCAAAGGAAGAAUUGCCAAAAACAUAAAAAAAAAGAUUUUCUCAAAGGAAGACCCGCUAGGAUUACCAAAAAUAGGUUUAAGCUAUAAGAGCUGGUGGGUUCUCUCAAUGUAUUGAUGUAGAGCGAGUUUUACGCAUAGAAGAGAUGAUAUCUGGUUCUGAGAUUUUUUUUUUGUAAACUAAGGUUCUGAGAAUGUGAACCGAAGAAUGUCAGUCAUUAUGUUACGAUUAUGUUUGGAAGUUGUUUCUCUUGUUCUUGUGUCUGUAUCAAAAUAAGUUAAAAAAAAAAAAAAAUAGAGAUUGAAGAAGUCAUGUAUAGUACGGAACCUCGGUGGAUGGACCUAACAACUGAUAAUGUAGAAGAUGCAUCACGGACCCCGAAGAUACGUGGAUAAGUGAUGCUGAGCUGCAAAAACCAUGAUUAUCCCCAAGCCUUAAGAGGUUCUUAGGGUAAUUAGAAAUUUUAAAAAAAAAAAAAGAAAGAAAAAUGGAUUUUAUUAGAAGAAAUUUAUCUUAUUUAAAGUAUAGAAGAACCGUCACGUGUUCUUCUCUCUCUCUCUCUUUCUCUCAUCUCACACCAAUCAUCAUCGCCCUUGACCUUAAACGCGUAAAUUCAAUCUGAGAGGAGAAAGAUCAAAUCCAGAGGAGAAAUCAUCUUAAGAUCCAGAAUCGUCGGAAAUGUCUACGUUUAGUGGAGAUGAAACCGCUCCUUUCUUCGGCUUCCUCGGCGCUGCCGCUGCCGUCGUCUUCUCAUAUUCUAGUUUCUUUGGACAAGGCAUGGGAGCUGCAUAUGGGACAGCCAAGAGUGGUGUGGGAGUGCCAUCUAUGGGUGUGAUGAGGCCUGAGUUGGUGAUGAAGUCUAUCGUCCCCGUUGUUAUGGCUGGUGUUUUGGGUAUCUACGGUUUGAUUAUUGCUGUUAUCAUCAGUACCUGAUGGUAGAUACUUAGCUUACCAAGAGCUAGGUGUUUCAGCAGAGAGAGCGAGAUAUUCUUUAGUUACUCCUCAUUCUUUUAUCUCCUCUCGACUUGCAGAAGAGAUGAUGCUUCUCAUCAGAGCAACUCUUCAGGGUCUUGCUUGGAUGUGAAGAACUCAAACGGCUUAGCUGACUUGAAUGAGCCACUCAAAUGGCAAGAUUCAGAACCUGUGUCUCUGUCCAGGGAUAUGCAUUCUCAUUACGGAGAAACAAUGCAGAUGUUCAAGGACAGUGGUUGCAUAAAAACACAAGUCAAAAUGGCGUGCCAAGUUGUUUAUGUGAUAGUUAGCAUGUUCUGCAUUUUCAUUUCAUUUCUCUAAUCUUUGCAAUGAUAUAAACAGAGACGCACGUUUUUCUCUGUGUGUCUUCAUGCUCACAUAUGUUUUAUUAGCUGAAAAUAUGUCGUAGUAGUGUCUUCUUAUGCAUGUACUUGUCGAUGGUUCAUGAAUUGUUUGCUUAUUAGUAUGUAGCCAUUAUUGCAUAUCUUCUAAUUCUCAAAUGUUUUCAUGUGGCA